UGCCAUUGCUGUUAAACGUGUGCGUGCAGAAUGGAAGGUUCCUUUUAUACCACGAGGAAGGAGAAGUUCCCAGUAAACCCCGAGCGUUGCAGCGCGACUCUCGCUGUGCCAGUCCGCCUGCUUCACGUGGUUCUCGGAUAAGUACGUGACCCCGCGCAAAGCGUUCUCGUUUCUCCGCUUGCCGUCGGUCUAAACGUGAACGGCAGGGCAGCGGUGUCGUGCUGGGACGCUUCACCUUCUUCGCCCCUCGAGCUGUCGCAACGCAUCGUCGCGUGCGAUGGGCUCGCGCGGCUGGGCGUGGUUAGGAGCCGUCACGGACUUUUCCCGUCGAAGCGCUCGCGGAGCCAUGUGUCGCGCUCGCGCCGCCGCUGGACCAUGUAGCGCACGAGCACGGAGCGCCAGCGAGCUGAGCACUCAGGAUGGCCGUUUUCGCAAAUUACACACUUGGGAUUGCAGCGGAUUAUUAUUCCAAAAGGCGGUGUUAUUUAUCGCUGGACGUGCAAGAACCGGACCUUCCCAUGACAUCGUAGGCUAGUUUUCGGCGAGCGGUGGUGUCUUGUCCUAGUUUGCUGAAAUGAAUGCCUUCUACAUCGCAAUUGAAUUAAUAAUUGCUGUUCUGUCAAUUGUCGGCAAUGUACUGGUGUGCUGGGCUGUAGCGAUCAACUCCACUCUUAAGAACGCGACGAACUAUUUUUUGGUGUCGUUGGCGGUGGCAGAUAUUUUAGUUGGUUGCCUCGCCAUCCCCUUUGCCAUCACUAUAAGUCUCGGUUUACCCUCGGACUUUUACGGAUGCCUUUUUCUGGCGUGUUUUGUUCUGGUACUAACUCAAAGUUCGAUAUUCAGUCUUCUGGCGGUUGCCAUCGACAGGUAUCUGGCUGUCAAAAUUCCUCUGAGGUAUAAGGAGCUGGUCACAGGGAAGAGGGCGCGUGAGAUCAUCACCAUCCUAUGGAUUCUAUCCUUCAUCAUUGGCCUCAUCCCAUUUGCAGGCUGGAACAAAAAAGCCAGCGCCUGCAGCGUGCACAGCAACGAAAGCACUUCCGCCCCAAAUAGCAGCCGCCGCAGCAGCAGGGCGGAGGGCGGGGCCGUGGGCGGGGCCGGGACGGCACCAGGCCCGGACUUGGGGCGGGGCUUCCUGCGCAGCUGCUGCCUGGACUGCCAGUUCGAGAGUGUGGUGGACAUGAGCUACAUGGUCUACUUCAACUUCUUCGGCUGUGUGCUGCCGCCUCUGCUCAUCAUGCUGGGCAUCUACGCCAAGAUCUUCACGGUGGCGCGGAGGCAGCUGCGCCAGAUCGAACUGCGCAGCACGGUGGGUGGAGCCGGCGGCGGCGGCGAAAGCCACCACCAGGGGCUACUGCAGCGCGAGGUGCGUGCCGCCAAGUCCCUGUCCAUCAUUGUGGGCCUGUUUGGCCUCUGCUGGCUGCCGGUGCACGUGAUCAACUGCCUCACACUCUUCACGCACCUCGUCAAGUCAGAGUACGCCAUGUAUGUGGCCAUCAUCCUCUCGCACGCCAACUCGGCGGUCAACCCCAUCAUCUACGCCUACCGCAUCCGCGAGUUCAGGCACACCUUUCGGAAGAUCCUUGCCCGCCACUUCUUCUGCCGCCGGGACGAGCUGUACCUGAGCUCCAAUGGGAGCAGUCGAAACAGAGACCAUGUCACCAUGACCAUAGACCCUUUGUUAUAGCCAAGGGGGCCCUUUAGUCUAACUUAAUUUAACCUUAUGCUUAAUCAGUGUCAUUUCAAAAUGUGUGGAACAAUGUUUACAGACCUCUGUAAUGCCUGCGAGAAUGAUGGGGUAUUUUAGGAAAAUGCCCUGAAAGUGGACCACUAAUCUAUUUAUGAGGACGAAAAAAAAAUCUUAGCCAGACCUUCGAAAGCAGGUCGCUCUCUAGAACUUUAAUUGUUGAACUAGUGCAGGGGGCCAAUCUUCUUGUAAUCACUACAAUGCCAAAAGAGAUACAGGAAUUCCUCUUCAACCUGAAAAACAGCGAACAAGCCGGAAUAAACUAUACACUUUAUUCUAAGCCUUAAUGGACUGACGUAUUAAGAAAGCCAGUCAGAAAACACCUCGAUACUUGAUUAACAAAUCAAGACUCCUGUCUCUCAGCAGAGGCAUUUUACCACCAGCAAAUGUUGGGGGUAAACAAAGAGCAGAAGCAGAGACAGAAGCACCCGUAGAGCGUCCCAGAGGAAGCUAGCAUGUGAGCAGAAGACGGGGCCCAAGCGCUCGGGUCGUGUUGACAGCGCACGGAAGGAGUGCAGCGAAGGAAACAAAACGUCACAUGCACCACUCACAGGAACACCCACUCAUUACCAUGGUGUAAGGGGACACACAAAAACGUGACCUGCGUCUUUUGAAGUGCCACACUUAAAUUUAAGACCUUCUUAAUGAAAUCUUCACAACUGAGAAAGUUUAGAAAGCUCAAGUUAAAGAGAUAAAAUAAAAUAAAAAAAUUUACCAAACAAAAUCACAAGGCGGCCCACAUAAAGCAUGUCGAGGGAAUGAACUGAAGAUCAGAGAAACCAAGUCAGGCUAUGCUCUACAUGAAAAAAGAGCACUGUGUAAACUUUUAAGUCAGAGUGAGUAUAUCAAGCAGUUCUUCUACUUCUGGAAUCAACCAGAACUCUAGACAAACUGUUCUGAUACACCAGAGUUUAGGCUAUAACCAAGUUGUACUGCAGAUCAUUCUGUUAGACCCUAGAAUUGGUUUUGCAAGCCACAAGCCCACCUCUCAGCAAAAGCAAGUGCAAUCUCCAAAUGUAUGAAUCUCCACCCCACACAGCCAGUGGUCCCAGCAGCACAGCUGCUUGACUUGGUGGUGUCUCUUCUAUGGGUCUAGUCCCCAAGGACCCAGUUGGUCAUUGAAUGCUCACCAAUGAAAGCAUCUAAGCUAAGAGUGGAGCAGAGAGCCCUGAGCAAAUUUAAAGUGUCACCUCUGAUCCAAACUAGGAGCUGGCUGCAUUGUUCCCACUUUAUUCUGCAUAUACUGUGAAUAUUAGUUCCCUUCUACCCCAGUUGAUCCAAAUUCAUAGAUACUGCGUACCAUGUGACAAUGCCAAUUCUAUUAAAAGAUAUGAUUACAGGACUCAGGAGCAAUUUAGGAGCAUAAUUUCAAAGUGAACAAGUUCAUUGAUGGUGCUGAAUAUUGAAAGACCCAAGUGUUAUGGUUGAUGCAAGUUAGAUAUUUGCUUUGCAUAUUUGAUGUAUGAAAGUCUUUUAUUAUUAAAAGUGUGCAAUUAUCUCACUCCACUUCCAUCCAUUAGCGUGAGAGAAAGCAUCAGUCUUCAUUAAGGCAGAUCUGAAGCACCAGCCACGCUGCGAGGAGUCAGAUGUCAUCUGCCACGUGGGUUUUUUCCUCUGAACAACUGAACGGGCGUGUGCUCCAGGGCGAUGCCACGCACCCAUUCUGUCAGAAGCAAGGAAACGUUCCUUAUCAAGUGAAAUGUGGCGUUGCUUUGAGAGACAGUGGGCGAGAUGCACAGGUCGAGGUCCAAACAGCAGAACUCAGUGGCCUCUGCUGGUCUUAAAGAAAUGCAAGUAUGUAAGUUUCAUUACUGCUUUUAAGGGCUAAACUGCGGGAGUGUGCCAAAUGUACAGGACAUUCCCAUGGAGACCAAUCUGUACUGCACUGUAGUGGUGGCGUCAUUGUAUUCCAUUAGAAAUCAAUUGUGUACUUUUGUAGCUCAGUGAAAGCAGUCUAUAGGCAAAAAAAAAGGCCUUCCAGCUAUUUUAAGUAAAGUAUAACUACUCAGUACUCAGACAAGAUCUGCUCUAGUUCUAACAAUCCUGCCUUUGAGGAAAGAAAGACAGGAGAAAAAACAACUUUUUUCAUAAGUGUAUUUUUUAAAUGUGCUACAGUAUUUGUCACUAAUCAGCAUACACUGUGGUUCACAAUUGAUGUUCAGUGCUUUUAAGUGUUCGUGUUACCACAAUUGUCAGAUGUAUAAGGGGGGAAAAGCAGUACUGUUAUUUAACGUGAAUCUGUAUGUCUGGUGACAAUUUUGUUAAUAAAGCUCUUUAUAUAAAAAAUAGCCCCUCUCCACCUUCAAAACCAGAAAAGAAUUAGUAUUAUAUUCUCAUAAAUCUUAAUAUAUGUCAGUGUUUUGUAUGUUUAUCUUUGUUUACUGCGCAUGUUUAGCGUAGCGCAUCAAUGUGUCAGUACGUGCUAAACUCCAGAUUAAAAAAGGCACGUCGGUGCGAAAGGUGGAGUUUGCCGUGCUGGCAGGCCGCACACAAAACAACCACAAGCAUGAAUGUGGCGAAUGACAAGCUACAGACAGCAACUGGCAAACAAUCAAUACAACAGGAAAAGAACACAUGUGUCAUGAGGCAUGCAAAAGGGAAAUUACCCUAACAUGCUUUCAGUAAAUGUCCUACAUGCAAGGCUUACACCCAAUACUGUCUGACGAAAAGCUCUGCAACAUAAAAGGACAGGAAACCCAUGUUGAAAGGCUAAAAACACUGCCAUUUUAGCUAGCUAUGACAGCAGAGAGUCGGGUUUGUUGUUCAGGGCGCUGACCCUUUAAAUAUAAGGAAGGAACAUGGCGGUAGUCAUCCUCAAGCAACAGAUUUAUAUUCUCUGGCAGCUGAUUAAAUGGUCGUGUGAGAACUGAGGGGUGGGGUGAAGAGUUACACUUUUAAUAAAAACAAUGUGGUUGAGAAUCUAGGUCACAAUCUUUUUUUUUUUUUUUUCUUUUUUUUUUAAGUCUCUUUACACAGUUCAUAUGAAGAUUGUGGUUUCUGGGAAGCUGGGU